AUGAGCAACAUCUGUGAGGGUUCGGCUAAAUUCGGAAAGCCUGUUGACUUGACGCCUCAGUGGCUGGACAAGGUCAAGGCUACCGGGUUUGUCGAGGUUGAGCAAAAGAUUUACAAAUGCUUCCUUAUCGAGGAACAGCAGGCCGUCGACUCCUAUACCCCCGGGAUUUUCUCUCGCAUCCGCGGUUGGAGCCAGGAAGAGAUCCAGGUCCAUAUUGCCAGAGUGAAGAACGACAUUGAGAACCCUGCCAUUCACCUAUAUAUGCCCGUCUACUUCAUCUGGGGUAAGAAACCGGAGGCAUGA